AGGAUCGAGAAACACACUCUUAUUCUUACGAGUAUAUAUACAUAAGUUGCUCUUCAUCAUUACUUAGCAAAGCAAAGCAAAACAAAACAAUGGCAGACGCAGAGACAUUCGCAUUCCAGGCGGAGAUCAACCAAUUGCUCUCGCUCAUCAUCAACACGUUUUACAGCAACAAGGAGAUCUUCCUCCGUGAACUCAUCAGCAACUCCUCCGAUGCGUUGGACAAGAUUAGGUUCGAGUCGUUGACGGACAAGAGCAAGCUCGAUGGUCAGCCUGAGCUCUUCAUCCACAUCAUCCCCGACAAGACCAACAACACCUUGACCAUCGUCGACAGUGGAAUCGGUAUGACCAAGGCUGAUCUGGUCAACAACCUCGGGACCAUUGCUAGGUCCGGCACCAAGGAGUUCAUGGAGGCCUUGGCUGCUGGUGCUGACGUCAGCAUGAUUGGUCAGUUUGGUGUUGGUUUCUACUCUGCUUACUUGGUUGCCGACAAGGUUGUUGUCACCACCAAGCACAACGAUGAUGAGCAGUACGUGUGGGAGUCCCAGGCUGGUGGUUCUUUCACUGUCACCAGAGAUACCUCCGGGGAGAGUCUUGGCAGGGGUACGAAGAUGACGCUUCAUCUGAAGGAGGAUCAGUUGGAGUAUCUUGAGGAGCGGAGGCUUAAGGAUUUGGUCAAGAAGCACUCUGAGUUUAUAAGCUACCAUAUCUCCUUGUGGGUUGAGAAGACUGUUGAGAAGGAGAUUUCUGAUGAUGAGGAUGAGGAGGAGAAGAAGGAUGAGGAAGGCAAUGUGGAGGAAGUAGAUGAGGAGAAAGAGAAGAAGAAGAAGAAGAUUAAAGAGGUUUCUCACGAGUGGGAGUUGGUGAACAAGCAGAAGCCUAUUUGGAUGAGGAAGCCUGAGGAGAUCACCAAGGAGGAGUACGCUGCUUUCUACAAGAGUCUCAGCAACGACUGGGAAGAGCAUUUGGCUGUCAAGCACUUCUCUGUCGAAGGACAGCUCGAGUUCAAAGCUCUUCUCUUUGUUCCGAAGAGGGCUCCUUUUGAUCUCUUUGACACUAAGAAGAAGCCUAACAACAUCAAGCUCUAUGUCCGUCGUGUUUUCAUCAUGGAUAACUGCGAGGACAUCAUCCCCGAGUGGCUAGGCUUUGUGAAAGGUAUUGUUGACUCUGAAGAUCUUCCUCUCAACAUCUCGAGAGAGACAUUGCAGCAGAACAAGAUCCUCAAGGUCAUCCGCAAGAACCUCGUGAAGAAGUGCCUUGAGCUCUUCUUUGAGAUUGCUGAGAACAACGAGGACUACAACAAGUUCUACGAAGCUUUCUCCAAGAAUCUGAAGCUCGGUAUCCAUGAGGACUCUCAGAACAGGACCAAGAUUGCUGAGUUGCUCCGUUACCACUCCACCAAGAGCGGCGAUGAGCUGACGAGUCUCAAGGACUACGUGACUAGGAUGAAGGAGGGUCAGAACGAUAUCUUCUACAUCACAGGUGAGAGCAAGAAGGCUGUUGAGAACUCUCCAUUCCUUGAGAAGCUCAAGAAGAAGGGGUAUGAAGUUCUGUACAUGGUUGACGCGAUCGACGAGUAUGCUAUUGGACAGCUCAAGGAGUUUGAAGGGAAGAAACUUGUAUCUGCAACCAAGGAAGGUUUGAAACUUGACGAGUCUGAGGACGAGAAGAAGAAAAAGGAAGAGCUAAAGGAGAAGUUUGAAGGACUGUGCAAAGUGAUCAAGGACAUUUUGGGAGACAAAGUGGAGAAGGUUAUCGUCUCCGACCGUGUUGUUGACUCACCCUGCUGUCUUGUGACUGGCGAAUACGGCUGGACAGCAAACAUGGAGAGGAUCAUGAAAGCGCAGGCUUUGAGAGAUAGCAGCAUGGCGGGCUACAUGUCGAGCAAGAAGACGAUGGAGAUUAAUCCAGAGAAUGCGAUCAUGGAGGAGCUGAGGAAGAGAGCCGAAGCUGAUAAGAACGACAAGUCUGUCAAGGAUCUCGUUCUGCUCCUCUUUGAAACUGCCCUUCUCACCUCUGGUUUCAGCUUGGACGAGCCCAACACUUUCGGGAACAGGAUCCACAGGAUGUUGAAGCUUGGACUGAGCAUUGAUGAAGAUGAUGCUGUUGAAGCUGAUGCAGAGAUGCCUCCGCUUGAAGAUGACGCUGAUGCCGAAGGUAGCAAGAUGGAAGAAGUUGAUUAAAAAGUUGAAUAAGGGUUUGUGGUUAACAAUGGUUUUUUCUUGAGUUUUCUGUUUGUUUUUAUCGUUUGGAACUAGUAAGUGGUGUUAUGUUAUGCUGUUUUGCUUCAAGUUGAAUAACGGUUGCAGACUUGCAGUUAAUAAAGGGUUUUUUCUUGACU